UUGCAACCCUCUCAUCUAUAUCUUACAUUUAUAUGUUAAGUUUGUAAAGAAGAGAGGAAGGAUAGAAUCAUGCACCGAUGACAGUUGAAGCUGCCAGCAUGAUCUGCGCUUUCUUUCUUUUAAUCAUAUUACCUCUCUGAACUUAAUCAUAUCUAACAGAAAAAAAAAGUGUUUGGUUCUUAUAUAUAAGUCUAGAGAGAGUAUAUGUGGUAAGAACUAAGAACAGAUCAUGUCGGAGCUUCACCUGUUGAAUGGAAGCAUUUCAAAUUGAGUUUCACUCAGAUGCAGAAAAGAACAGAAAAGGCUUGAAACCUAAAUGUGGAUUUCAUGAAAUCGAAGAAUAAAGUACGUAAAUCAGUGAUUUAGCAUGUUGGUUAUGGUCAGAAGGGGUGACUAUUUGUAUGCUUGUAUGCAUUGUUGUUAUAAUUGGUGGAUAGUAGUUCAGAAGGGGGGAAUUAUUAUUGUGUGUCAAUAAAUGUUGGUUAUGAUCAGAAGGGGGACCAUAAGCAUUAUUUUUGUUGUUGUAUUGAUUUAUAUUUGACAUGCAUCAUUGUGUCGUGUUAUUGAAAGAGACAUGUUUUCUAGUUCAGAAGGGGGAACUAGUGGCUUGUCCCAAGCUCAGAAGGGGGGGAGGGGGAGCUUGGCGCUCAGACGGAGGAGCUCAUGGCUUCAGAAGGGGGGACCCCGUUCUUGAGAGAACCAAAUGUUGACUUGGUAUCACAUGCAUAGUGUCACAUUCUCUCGUGAGUUGCAUUGCAUAUAUUUGUAUAUUAUACUGUUUUAUUAAAUGGAUGUGAGAUUGUGAUGAUGUUAGUGUGUAUUGAAUGUAUGAUAUCUUGUGUGUUUAUCUACCUUUGAAUUAUUUAUACUGUUUUAUACCAAAGUUUAUUUCUCACCCCAUUUUCUUAAUGUUGUCCCCCAUGGACAUCUUGCAGAUAAUCAGGAGUAAAGUUAUUGUUGUGUGUGGAAGGUUGAACAAAAUCAUCAUAAGAAGGAGAAGAAGGGGAACAAGAGCUUUGAAUGAGAACACUUUGUUUUUCUCUAAGGUUGAUUUCUUCCUCUUUUAUAAAUUCAUUGGAGGAGUUCAUGUCAUUGUCGUUCCAAGUAAUAUUCACAGUGAGAAACACAAAAGAUAUCAUCAAUACCAAGGGAGAUGGUGAUAAUAGUUUUUUCCUUCUAAUUGUAUUUCACCUUUUCCUUAUCCUCUUUGAUCCAGAUUUAUCUAGAUUUGUUUUCCAAAACACCAUCGACAAGAUUUGUGGGAACAAGUUUUUUAGAGCAUCCCAAAUAUCAUAAAUCCAUCCCCUCUAUAAAUA